ACUAACUUGAAGAGACAAUGCUUACUACGACGGCUUCCACGACCGGCCGUGCACUGCUGCGCCUGCAAUCCAGCGCGCGUGAUUGUCUCGGCCGACGCCUCGCUUCAACCGCUGCCGCCCCGCCGGGUGUCUGGACGGACUCGUGGCGAGACGGCAUCGUUGGCACGGUUGGAAAGACUCCGUUGAUCCGGCUGCAAAAGGCGAGCGAGGUGACGGGUUGCAACAUUCUGGCAAAGGCAGAGUACGCGAAUUGUGGCGGUUCGGUGAAGGAUCGCGCGGCCUUGUUCCUGAUCAAGGACGCAGAGAAGAAGGGGCUCCUGAAGCCUGGAGGCACGGUCGUCGAGGGCACUGCGGGUAACACUGGCAUUGGUUUGGCGCACAUCUGCAACGCCAAGGGCUACAAGUGUGUCAUCUACAUGCCCAACACGCAGUCCAAGGAAAAGAUUGACAUGCUGCGGCUUCUCGGAGCUGAGGUUCGCCCCGUCCCUGCCGUCCCGUUCGACAACCCAGAGAACUACAACCACCAAGCCCGUCGAUUUGCAGAGGCAACUCCGAAUUCCGUGUGGACGAAUCAGUUUGACAACACUGCCAAUCGCCUGGCGCACUACCACACAACUGGACCCGAAAUUUGGAUGCAGACAAAUGGCAAGGUGGACGCUUUCACCUGCGGAACUGGAACCGGUGGCACGCUUUCGGGCACCGGUCUGUUCCUCAAGGAGAAGAAUCCCAAAAUCAAGGUCGUCCUUGCCGAUCCUCCAGGCAGCGUUCUUUUCAGCUGGUUCAAGAAGGACAAGCUGGAACGAACCGGGGACAGCUCCAUUACCGAGGGCAUUGGCCAAGGUCGUGUGACUGAAAAUCUCAAAGGCUCGAAGCUGGAUGACGCUGUUCACGUCCCGGACAGCGCUUCGGUCGAAUGGACUUAUCGUCUCUUGCACGAGGAGGGCAUCUUUGUCGGCGCCUCAACUGGUUUGAACGUGGCAGCUGCCGUUGAGGUGGCCAAGUCUCUGCCAAAAGGCUCGACCGUCGUGACCAUUCUCUGCGACUCUGGGUUGCGUUACCAAGCGCGUCUGUUCAACAAGGAAUGGCUUGAAUCCAAGGCGCUGUACAAUGCAAUCCCGAUGGCCUACCGCGGCAGUGCGCUUUGAGGCGAGAGGCCAUCCGCGCCCUCCCUUUUGAUUUCCCCCACCAUUCAGUAACAUUUGUCCCCCUUCUUCCCAUUCUGAAUAAACCUGUCA